AUGAUUGGAAUAACGCGCCUAUUAAAGAAAACCCUCAAUGAAGAUAACUCAAACGUUGAAACCUUCAUGGUAGCCAACAGAUCAGUUGGAACGGGUCUUGUUGCUUCUGCAGUAGUAUCUUCGUGGUUAUGGAGCACAGCCUUACUUAGCUGUGUAUUGGUGACAUAUCUCUAUGGAGUAUCUGGAGGAUUCUGGUAUGGGGCAGGCUGUUCCCCAAUGAUAGUUUUCUUCGCCUAUCUCGGGGUUGUUUGCAAAAAGCGUAUACCACAAGCACAUACAGUCCUUGAAAUCGUCCGAAUUAGAUAUGGUACUAUUGCACAUCUUACUUUCACUUUUUUGGCAAUCGUCAACAAUCUUUUCAACACGAUUAACAUGAUCCUGGGCGCUGCGGCUGCGAUUACCUUUCUAACAGGCAUUCAUAUCAUGGCUUCCACAUUCCUUUUGCCCGUUGGCGUGGUAUUGUAUACGCUUGUGGGUGGCAUAAAAGCAACUUUCUUGACGGAUUAUAUACACACAUUUGUCAUCGCUAUUCUAUGCUGCUACUUGACGACAAAGGCUCUCCUCCACCACGAUGUCGGCUCUAUUGACGGAUUAUACGACCUCGUUGUCAAGGCGCAGUCUUCACAUGCAGUCGAUGGAAACUAUCAAGGAUCGCUUCUUACAAUGAACUCCCAACAAGGAAUAUUCUUUGCCAUUAUUUUACUUGUAUCCAACUUCGGUGCCGUUAUUAUGGAUACGAGCUACUUCAUCAAAGCGUUUGCCGCAUCGCCAAAAGCUGUCGUUCCAGGCUAUGUAGUAGGUGGAUUUGCCUAUUUCUCCAUUCCAUGGAGCCUUGGUACUAUAAUGGGCCUUGCAGCUUUGGGAUUAGAAAGCUCUCCCAUAUUUCCAACAUAUCCCCGCCAAAUGAACAGCUUAGAAGUCACAAAUGGCUUGGUACUUCCUUAUGUAGCUGUGGCAGUUGCAGGAAAAGGCGGUGCUGUGGCGGUUUUGCUUAUGACAUUCAUGGCAAUAACUUCAACACUGUCUGCUCAAGUUAUCGCCGUGUCGUCCAUCUUUACGUUUGACUUUUACAGAACAUACAUCAAUAAGAAUGCAGGAAAUAAAGACGUCAUCAGAUGGAGCCACCUGGGUGUCGUUCUCUUUGCCGCCAUCUCAGCUGGCCUAACUGCGGCGUUUAACUACGGCGGCAUCAAUAUGGGCUGGACCUUGUAUAUGAUUGGAGUUGUGACAUGCCCUGGUAUUUUCCCCUUGGUCUUGACUAUACUGUGGAACAAACAAAGUGCCUUCGCAGCUGUUGUUUCGGCGGUAACUGGCUUGGCUACUGGUCUGGGCGUUUGGCUGGGCACAGCGCAAGAUUUAUAUGGUCAAGUAUCCGUUGAUUCCACUGGGCAAACACUUCCCUGCCUUUAUGGAACUGUCGCAUCUGCUCUGAGUCCUUUGCUUUACACGGUUAUCUUGUCACUCAUUUGGCCGGACAACUAUGAUUGGGCGCGCUUCAAGGAAGAAAAGCUACUACUAGACAGCGAUGCCCAGCCCGAAGAAUCUGAUAGAGAACAAGGUAACAAAAGAGGUGCUGUUAGCAGCACUGCCGAGAUUGUCUACGACCAAACAGAUCUGAGGUGGAAAAGAUAUGCGCUGUUUUGGUCGCUUUUCUCAUUCUUUGGUCUUUGGGUUCUCUGGCCGCUGCCAAUGUAUGGAGCGAAAUACAUCUUUAGUAAGAUUUUCUUCAGGUCGUGGAUUGUGGUGUCGCUCAUAUGGCUGUGGACAAGUCUACUCAUAUUGGGUGUGUAUCCGCUAUGGGAUGGCAGGAAAGCAAUUUUCAAAGUAUUAAGAGGCUUACGAGACUAA